UUCUGUUUCUGUUUACGCGUACUGAAGUUGAAAAUGGACCCAUAUGAAGAUGAUGCGCCUGAGGAUAAUGAAACUGAAGAAGGCCCUACACUACCUGAUAUUGUCGAAAAAUUAGAAGAAGUAUGGGUUAAUGAAAAACUUGCUCCAGAUUUACUUCAAUACGAGUCUGAUGUUGUGGAAAUUAUAUUCGAUCAAAUCCAACAUAUGGAAACCAAUUUGCAAAAAAUUGAAAAGAAAGAUUUUCGUGUUGUCUUUCAUGAAAUGGAAUUAGAUCGGAUUAAAUAUGUCCUAAGCAGCUAUCUAAGAAUUCGUUUGGAAAAAAUUGAAAAAUUUGGUUUUAAUUUACUGCACCAGGAAAGUCAAGAUGAAACGAACUUGGAUUUAAUGUCUGAAGAGGAAAGAAACUAUGCCCAAGAAUUUACGUCAAAUGUUAAAAAAUAUCUUCACGUUGUUGCUCUGAAAAACAUGCCAGUUAAUAUGCAAAAUAUAAAGUUUGAAGAGAUCUGUUCUAAAGCGCAAAUGGAUAGAUCUGUAUUUAUUAAAGUUAAAACAGAUUGCCCAGGUGUUGUCAUAGAAGAUUUUAGUGAUUAUGGUGAAGAAGAAAUUGUUGAUUUGGCUGCACAAUCUCAACACAUCUUAAGAUAUAGGCCAGUUGCAUCUCUAUUAAAAAGUGGCGCUUUAAAAUUGAUAUGAAAGAAAAUAUUUAUUUUUCAUGUAACAUGGGAAAGUAAUUUAUUUAUUGGUAUUUUAGUUCUCAGACUUUUGAAUUGCUGCUCAUAUUUAUGAAAUUUUACCACAAAUACUACAAUAAGUAGUUUUGCCAUGUAAAAAUCAGUAAAUGAGACAAAGUACUGUUAUGAAAAAUUAUGAUGCUGAUUUUUGACUGAUAAAUUUUAUGUUAGAAUAAAUAAUUUAAAAAUAAUCAGUGUUUGUAUUUCAUUUAAGAUAUCUGGUUAAAAUAUUAUUAUUUUUAGACUUAUUUAAAAAUUUUAAUUCUUUAGUUGCAUAAAAGAUUUUUUUAAAUAUGUCUUUAUACUGCUGUAAACGUUUUAUGACACCCUGGAAUUUUGGAAGAAUUUGCAAAUGCUCAACAUUGAGUGUUGCUACAAUUUUGAAAUAACUGAAGAGUUGCUUAUUGAUUUAUAAAUUGAAAUUCUUUCAAUCUUUUACUAUUUUCUCCAUUAUUUGAAGCUUUCUGUAAUUAAGUUAAAAGAAUUUUUUAUUUGUAUUAAUCUAUAAAGAUUAAGUAUUGUAUAAACUUUUUUGCAUACAUUGCAUAAGUUUUGUAUAAUUUCAUUGUUACUAUAUUUCCCACUUGUUUGAGUCCAUCUUUGAAUAUGUUUAAUCAGUUUUGUGUUUGUAAAUAAUAAAAAAUAUUUUAGUGUAAAUGUAUUAUCAGGUCUAUUUUUGCUAUGAUACAUAGUGUAGCUUGUGGUUCCAAGUGGCCAUUCUACAUUUCUUGUUGGUCUAAAUAUUUGUUUUACUUUUUUUGAAACACUUUAUUUAAUUUGAAAAAAAAAUUAUUUAUAUUAAGAUAUAUCAUAAAUCUCUUAUGAUAUUUAAUUCAAAGAUAAACUUGUUUUAAAAAAUAUCGUGAAUAAAUUAGAAUGUCCUUCAAUGGACAUUUAUUACUACCUGAUAUGUUUGGUUGGUUGAGUACUGACUUUAU